AACACUCCUUCACAUAUCCACGCGUCCCUGUUGCGGUUUCCUCCCAGUCUCUGCUUCCGCCUCCGCCUGCCCUCAACCGCUGCUCAAACUCCACGGCUGCCGUGCCUCCGCCUCCGACUGUCGGCCGCGCCUCGCACCCUCUGCCGUUCUUCCCACCUCUGCCUCGCCUCGCCCGCUGCUAACCUUCCCCCUCCCUCCCAGCUCCUUCCGCGGAAGCCUUCGAGACCAGACCCGCAUCUCCAGCCAUAAUCUUGAAGCACAGAGGUGCAAACGAAACAAAUCUGAGGAAAAGAAAAAGAAAAGGAAAAAAAAAAGCGAAAGUAUAAUUUGAUAAUUAUUUUUUGAUGUAAUUUGGCCUUUAAAUUGCUGGUUGUUGACUUUUGGCGCUAGCAAUAGCCAUAGCCAACCUCAGCCGCCAAAAAUCGGGUACGGAGACGAAACCUAGCUUGACUGAGAAACCCCCUCGGCGAACAAAAGUAGGGGUUUAUAUGGCUAUGAAAGCGGGGAGGAAGAAUCUGCAGAGAGCAACGAAGGAACAAGAUGUGACCCUUCAAGAUGGGGAAAGCAUUGUGCAAGUCGUCUCUCUCCGAGGUUCCAAUCUUGUUGAGGUGACGGAUGCAAAAGGCCAGAAUUCGCUGGCCCUGUUUCCGGCUAAGUUUCAGAAGACCAUGUGGAUAAAGCGAGGGAACUUUAUUAUUGUUGAUGAUAGCGCAAAGGAAAAGGCACUCGAGUCAGGCAGCAAAGUGGCUUGUAUUGUCUCUCGAGUCCUCUCCUAUGAUCAAGUCCGAGUACUUCAGAAGUCUCCUCAGUGGCCUGAAGUUUUCAAGUCCCCGACGUCGGAUGAGCCCAACAAUAACCUAAAGGCACAGACAUCGGAAGCAGAAGAAGAAAAAGAGAAUGAUUCGGACUGCAGUGAAGAUGACGGCCUGCCCCCUUUGGAAGCAAAUACCAAUAGGAUCAGACCGUUUGAAUUGCACACUGAUACUGAAUCAGAUUCCGAUUCUGACACUGAUCCUUGAAUAUUUUUCAUGGAGUUUGAAUGAAGGCCGAGAAUUCCCAUGUGGCAUGUUUAAGGAUUAUUUGAGCAUCAAAGUGACCAAUGUCGAAUCUGUGUAUGCAUCAUGGGUUUUGACAUUUAAAUCUGUUUUAGAUUAGGUAUAUAUAAAUUUACUCGUAAUUAGACUAAGUGGAAAAAUUAACACACUAGCUAGAGGAUACUCUUGCCUGUAUUUUUCUAAAAUUAUUUCUUGUUGGAGACUUCAAGGUCUGUUUGUAGGUGCUUUCUUCCGGGUAUGUUGGUCAUUUAAAAUGAUGGCCUUAUUUUAUAAUUGGGGUAUUUAUCUAAAA